AUGGCAACAAAAAUAAUCUACUUCACAGUGAAUGGGAGACCAGAGCAGGCCGAGUUCCCACUGGACUGCCCGGCACAGGACGUCAAAGCUGAAGCGGGACCACAUGAUAUCCUGAAGAUGUACAACCCCAAAGGGAACAUCAUCAACAUCUCUCCGAGGCUGGAGCCCAACAGCCCCGACUCCUGCUACAAGCUGGAGGUGGUGGCAGCCGACUGCAACAGCGAGCCGUUAGGUGCAGAGCUGGCUGGUGCUCUGGGCUUUGAUCUCUCAUCCAUGGAAAAAAGACUGCAGGGCCUGGAGAAGAAAAUCCUCAUGGAGGCCGGUGAAACUCCUGCGGUGGUGUACGAGAUGAAGAAGCAGGUGGAUUCAUUCAGGGAGAAACUGGAGAGCGUGGAGCAUCUCAGCUGGUUGGGGUUGUUCAAAGAUCUUUCAGAAGGCACCCUCAAGCCGUCCCCGUUCUACCACAAGAGAACCCUGCACAAAACCCGAGAGGAGUGUGAACAUGUCCGGGAAAAGUUCCUGCAAAUGAGCUCUCUGGAGGUUUCAGAGGAAGUGAGACAGUACCUGAAAACCCCAACCUUUGAUAACUGGCAGUGGGAGGAUGCAGAGAUCAUGGUGCUCCUGCAGGUCAUGUACGUAGACUUGGAUUUCACAGCCACCUUCAACAUUGAGCCUGACGUUCUGCACCAGUUCCUGUUUGAAAUCUACCGACGAUACAACAACAUCCCGUUCCACAACUUCAAACACUGUUUCUGUGUGACUCAGAUGAUGUACGGGCUGAUCUGGCUGACUGACCUGAGGAGUAAGAUGGACAGCAUCGACCUGCUCAUCAUGCUGACCUCGGCCAUCUGCCACGACCUCGACCACACGGGAUACAACAAUGCCUACCAGAUAAAUGCACGGACUGAACUGGCUCUGCGCUACAACGACAUCUCCCCGCUGGAGAACCACCACUGUGCUGUGGCCUUCGAGGUUCUGGAGAGGACAGAGUGUAAUAUCUUCCGAAAUCUGUCCAUGGAUCAGUUCAAACGAAUUCGAGAGGGGAUCAUCAAAUGCAUUCUGGCCACCGACAUGACGCGGCACAACGAGAUCCUCAACAAGUUCAAGUCCAUCCUGCCCACGUUCGACUUCACCAGCAAGGAGCACCGAGACGUGCUAAUGAUGAUCCUCAUCAAAGUCAGCGACAUAUCCAACGAGGCGCGUCCCAUGGAGGUGGCCGAGCCCUGGCUGGACUGUCUCCUGCAGGAAUUCUUCAACCAGAGUGACAUGGAGAAGCUGGAAGGCCUCCCAGUCACCCCGUUCAUGGACCGGGACAAAGUGUCCAAGCCCUCCUCUCAGACGGGCUUCAUCAGAUUUGUUCUGCUGCCUCUCUUCAUCGAGCUGGCCAACCUCUUCCCCUGCCUGGAGCAGCACAUCAUCGACCCGGUGCGGAAGGCUCUCGACUACUACACGGAGAUGGAGAAAGCUCUGGAGAGGGAGACUCAGAACCGCGCUCACAGCGACGUAACGGGCAAAAGCAAAGAGGCUGCUGGGAGCAGACGGGAGAGCCAGACUAACGCCGGGCCUGAGGCGCAAAGACCGCACGCACAGUGA